CUCUACUGUCAUCUAAUUCCUUAUUUUCAAAUUUAUCACCUGAAUAAUCACAAAUUCUCAAGAUCAAAUCUCCAAACCAUUGACAAAACGAAAAUAUAAUGUGGGUUUCCGUAUGAAGCAUCUUCAUUCAUAAGUUUAUCAGGCAGACCGAAAAAUCAAAGGUCGAUUUUUACUUAUUGUUUCUAAAUUGAAGUAGAAAUAGAUUAUAAUCUCUCUCGAUGAAGCUGCUUGAGAUGUUCGUCGGGACAAUUUAAUGGGAUUUCUCCAAGUUUGGCAUUUUGCAUCAAAUUCAGGAAGAUACAGAGAGAAAGGGAAAGGGAUCUUUCAGUUUCUUAGUCCUGGUGUUUGCACCACCCAAUUUUUUGCAUCAUCAUCAUCAUCAUCAUCAUCAUCAUCAUCAUGCAUUGUUGAAUGUGAAAAAGCAAUUCCAAAGGAUUUCUAUACUACCCAUGUCUCGUAUGUGCUUGAAAUACUGAAAUUAUGUGCAAAAAGAAGGUUGUUCUUGCAAGGGAAGGCUUGUCAUGCCCAAAUUCUGGUAAUGGGGUUAAAAACAGACGUUUUAACGUCAAAUAUUCUCAUCAACAUGUACUCAAAAUGUGGUUCAGUUGAUUUUGCACGCCAAAUGUUCGAUGAAAUGCCCAGCCGAAGUUUGGUGUCGUGGAACACCAUGAUUGGGUCGCUUACUCAGAAUGGUGAGGAGAAUGAGGCUCUUGGUCUUUUAUUGCAGAUGCAAAGAGAAGGAAGCCCUUUUAGUGAAUUCACUAUUUCGAGUGUCCUUUGUGCAUGUGCUGCUAAAUGUGCUCUUUCUGAAUGUCAGCUGCUUCAUGCCUUUGCUGUUAAGGCUGCAAUGGAUUUGAACGUUUUUGUUGCAACUGCAUUGCUUGAUGUUUAUGCAAAAUGUGGUUUGAUGAAGGAUGCGGCUUGUGUUUUUGAGUCCAUGCCUGAGAGGAGUGUUGUCACAUGGAGUUCAAUGGUGGCAGGGUACGUGCAAAAUGAGAUGUAUGAGGAAGCUUUGGCAUUGUUUUGCAAAGCUUUGGAAACUGGGUUGAAACAUGACCAGUUUUUAAUGUCAUCGGUGAUUUGUGCUUGUGCUGGAUUAGCAGCCAUGAUUGAAGGGAAUCAGGUGAAUGCCUUGCUAUCUAAAUCUGGUUUUUGUUCAAAUAUAUUUGUUGCUUCGUCUCUUAUUGACAUGUAUGCAAAAUGCGGUGGCAUUGAAGAAGCUUACAAAGUAUUUCGUGAUGUAGAAGAGAGAAAUGUUGUUUUGUGGAAUGCUAUGAUAUCUGGCCUAUCUAGACACGCUCGUUCACUUGAAGUGAUGAUUUUAUUUGAGAAAAUGCAGCAGAUGGGCUUGAGUCCAAAUGAUGUUACUUUUGUUUCUGUCUUGUCUGCUUGUGGUCGUAUGGGUUUGGUUGAAAAAGGACAGAAAUAUUUUGACCUGAUGAUAAAAGAGCAUCAUUUGGCACCAAAUGUCUUUCACUAUGCUUGCAUGGUAGACACUCUAAGCCGGGCAGGGCAGACUUUUGAGGCUUACGAUUUGAUUAGUAAAAUGCCCUUUAAUGCUUCUGUCUCUAUGUGGGGCUCCCUUUUGGCUUCUUGUAGGACCCAUGGGAAUCUUGAACUUGCUGAGGUUGCCGCUAAAAAUUUAUUUGACAUCGAACCAUGCAAUGCAGGUAACUAUGUGUUGCUGUCCAACAUGUAUGCAGCAAAAGGUAAGUGGGAUGAUGUCGUAAAGGCGAGGAAGCUCCUUAAAGAAAGUGAUGUGAAGAAAGAGAGGGGCAAGAGUUGGAUUGAGAUUAAGGACAAGGUUCACUCAUUUAUGGCCGGAGAGAUAAAUCAUCCUAAGAUUUAUGAAAUUUACUCGAAAUUGAAUGAGUUAAUGGGAGAGUUACAGAUGCUUGGUUACAAGACGGAGACUCAGCAUGAUCUUCAUCAAGUGGGAGAGAGUGGAAAACAAGAACUUUUGAGGCACCACAGCGAGAAGCUCGCUUUUACUAUGGGAUUAUUGUUUUUACCUCCCAAUGCACCUAUUAGGAUUAUGAAAAACCUUAGAAUCUGUGGAGACUGCCACUCUUUUAUGAAGCUUGCCUCAAAAUUUGUUCGUAGGGAUGUCAUAGUCAGGGACACCAACCGAUUCCACCAUUUUAAGAAUGGGUGUUGUUCUUGUGGGGAUUUUUGGUGAAUAUUGGUUUUCUUUUGAAGUGAUAUUCUUGUUUAUUUAAUCAAAUGUGCAAGCCAGUUAUAAGGACUUGGUAAGUUUAAGUAGAAACUACCUCUCUCCGACAGUCUCAACCUCAAUGCAUUUGGUCAUCCAAAGUCACCAUUGAAGAUUGACCUGUACUGCUAGUUUCCUUUCGAUCGGGCUGUACUGGGACCAUGACAUGAGAUGGUCGGGCUGUAUCAGGACCAUAACAUGAGCUUGUUGACAUGUUAGUCCUCAGAAGUGAGUUCUUUAGAGCACUGAACACUAUGCUUCCAAGUUCCAUUCAUGCAACCAAAAUUAUUCGUAUCAUUCAAGCCUACUCUUUAAACUACUGCAGGAUUGAUAAGAUGAGCAAGUGAGGAUAAAUCCAAGAACUUUUCCAGGUAUCAGAAAGAGGGUGAUGGAAUUGGCUUAGGACCAGUCGACAGAGUGAUUGCGGAAAUCAUCAUGUCUUCACAGCUAUAUUAGGAAGGUAUCAGAAAGAGGGUGAUAGAAUUGGCUUAGGACUAGUCGACGGAGUGAUUGCAGAAAGCAUCCUAUCUUGACAGCUGUAUUAUGAGGGUUUAGACACAUGGUAGCAAUAUAACUUCAUCAUUGAUAA